CUUUUCAAACCUGCUAAAAUGGGUGCGAAAAAGUGUCAUUAUGCCAUGUUUGCGAUAACGGUGGUCAUAAUAAUAGCCUGCCUGAUCCUGAUCACGAUAUUCGCCGGCUGGGAGCACGAGGUGGUCAAGUUCAAGACCAUGCUGGUCAGCAUGGUGAUAGUGCUGAUGUUCCAGUACCUCCUGGGGGACCCGCUCAAGUUCGUGGUCCUGUCCAUAGACAGGACCUUCUGGCCGCCGAAGGUCUACGUGCCGCCGAUGAGCGACAAGGAGCACAAGCACGAUCGCAGGGACUUCGUGAAGCAGCGCCUGGGCAGGCAGAAGUCCAACCUGAUGCUGUCCUCGCAGUACAGGAACUGGAAGCUCAACGAGCAGUACAAGAUGAUUGCCCACGACCUGCUCACCUACGGCCAGUACUUCCUCUGCCUGACCGUCAUGGUCCUGGUGACGCGCGACGAGACGCUCUACCACAACACCAGGAUCAUCAAGGACCUGUUCAUGAACAACCACACGGACUACACGGGCCUCAGGGAGGUGUACUUCCUGAACCAGCUGUACGACUUCAUUGAGUCCACGCUGGUGGUAGCCUUCAACUCGAACACGAGCACUGGAACCGGAGCCCCCGGCUGGGUUCACGCGGAGCAAACGGUCCUCCUGGGCGUGAUUCGACUGCGCCAGCUGCGCCUGAGCACUCCGGAAAUGGGUCUCAAUAAGCCGCAGUUCUCCGAGCUGUACUACAUGCCCGACUGGCAGCUGCCGUACCGCCGACUGCACUACGCCGAAAAGUAUUGGCGCAUCUACGAGCCCUGGAUCCCGAUAACGGUCAGCUUCGAGUUCCUCGACGCCCUGAUCAUGAACUUCGACCACGUGGGCUACCUCAAUAGCUAUCCGGAGCUGUUGGGCUACGUCAGUCUGCUGGCCCGCAGCACGGCGAACAGCAUGAAGGUUUUAGACUACCUCAACGAGUACCAUUGGCUCACGCUGAACACCUCGGCGGUGUUCAUCGACUUCACGCUUUACAAUGCGGACGUGAAUCUGUUCAGCAUCUGCACGCUGCGGGUGGAGAAGACCCCCUUCGGCGGCCUGGUGCCGGAGGUCCAGGUGGACAGCGCCAAGCUGCUGGACAACGUGGACCAGAUGCCCUACUCGGGCCUGCUGGCCCUGCUCAUCUACGUGGUGGUCUUCAUCCAGUUCUCUCAGACGCUGGCCGUCCGCCUCUGGUACGAGCCGCGCCUGCUGAAGAGCAUUUGGAACCGGCUGGAUCUGUGCAUCUUCCUGAUCAACGUGAUGGUCGUGGUGAUGGUGGUGCUGCGCGAGGCGCUGGUGGCCAACAUGAUGAAGAAGGUCGAGGGGGCGAGCAAGAUGGAGUUCAUUGACUUCCGGCGCCCGGCGCGACUGCAUCAGUUGACCACGAUCACGAUUGGAUUCCUGAUCUGCAUAACCACGCUGCGUCUGUGGCGGGUCAUGCAGUUCUCCAGCGUCUUCGAGCUCUUCACCCGAACGCUCUACUUGGCCUGGGCCGCGGUGGUCAGCACGGCCAUUGCCAUCAUCAUAUUCCUCAUGGGCUUCUGCUUCGCCGCCGUGACCAUAAACGGCAACAACAGCGUUAACUUCAACAACUUCCUCAAAAGCAUGGUGAUGUGCAUGUGCUUCACCUUCGGCUUCAGUGCCCAGGUGAAGCCCACGGAUCUCUUCCACGGCGGUCGCUGGCUGGGCAUGGUGCUGUACGGCGUCCUGGCCUUCGUCAUCAUCGUGCUGCUGAUCAAUGUCUUUGUCUCCCUGAUCAACGACUACUUCACCGUGGCCAAGACGGUGAGGGACUCGCAGAAGGACCAUCGCAUCAACUUCUUUGACUUUCUGCGCGUCGAGUUCUCUGGCUUCUUCCGCUGCUUCCAGAAUUUACCCUGCUGGCGGCGACACUAUGUCCGCAAUAAUCGCACGGUGGCCCAGAAUGUCAACCGGAAGCUGAACGAAAUGGAUGCGAGGCGGGAGAUGAGGCAGCGCCAGCGACGUGGCUACCAGGUGAUCCAUCGGCAGUCGGAUGCCGAUGCCCAGUUGGCGUACAAGGAUCGCGGCGAGAGAAUAAUCAACGUGGGCAACAUCCUGAACACUCAGCUAACGCUGCUCAGCAUGCUCCUUUUUGACGAAGAUGAAGUGGAGGAGCAAGUGCAGCCGGAGCAGCAGGACGCUGAAGCGAAUGCAGCUGGAGAUGGAGGCGCAGAUGGAGCCACAGAGCCGCAGAAAAAGAAGAACCAGGAUGAGGCUGAUGCUUAAAAGAUGGAAAAUGUUAACAGAGUUUUAAUAUUUGUGCUCGUAUCGUUGGAAAAAUAAAGCGUACCAGAAAAAGUAGUA